AUGAAUCCGUCUAUCAAUAUUGAAUGGCGCGGGCGUCUGAAAUACACUCGACCCUUUCGCGAACUAGUUCUUCAAUCCCCGAUUGAACGUAUUACUAUCCAACGAUCGCCAAACGCUAAUUCGUUCUCCCAUUGGCAAGCCUUUGUAGAGCUUAAACUCAAGUGGCUUGGAACUCGAAUCCUACUCGAAAUUAACCCGAGCGUACAAAGGUUGAUAUGCAAACAAACUAGACAAGUACUUAAUUGGGACGAGCCACGGCUAGUACUCCCCGGGCCUCAGCUUGAACAUCUAGAAUACAGGCCGACUGUCCAACGCAUACUCGGGAUCGCCUCUGACUUUCGGCGAACGCUACACAUAACCAAUCACAUGACCGAGCAGCAGCUUCAAGGCGAGUGGGCUGUGUGGCUAGUGAAGUUGGCGGCCGAACUGGGCGAGAACGAGCCCAUUGCUGCUCACCCGACAGCACUGUACGAUUUUAGGGACCAGGCCGUAAAAGAGGCCGUGCCAUGGAAUAAUUAA